GAGCUCGCUUCGCUAUUGAAGAUGUCCGGGCUACCGAGAGAGAGCAGUGUCCCAGAGAUGGGCACAGCGAACCGCGUCAGCGACGUCCUGCAGGCAGCAGUAGGCUGCGGGAGUCAGGCACAGGAGGCCCGGGAAGGCCCAGCUGCCCGACCCGUGGCGCGGGUACGGGGUCCUGCUUUCGGGCCUAUCCGCGGCAGCGUGCCAGGCCUGCUGUUAAUGCCAGGCUUGGGUCAGCAGACGUUGUUCCGCGAGUACCUGGAUAAUUGCUCCUUGAUCCCCGUCAGAAUACUGCGAGAUUUCGAGGAACGCCGCCGGCUGUUUGUGGAAGGCUGCAGGGAAAGGGAAGCAGCCUUUGAUGCGAAUCCCCCUCAGAUGGACUUUGAUGCUGUGGCUUUUACUCUGGCUCUGUCUGGUUCUCAGGGUGUCAGCCUGGCCGACUAAGGCGGCUGAUGAAAUUGAUGAAGAAUCAAGUGACUCUUCGGAUCCAAAGAAGAGGCCUGCGUUGGUGUAGUUAUUAGGGGAAGGGAUGCAAACAAGGAAGAGAACAUGCAGUGCACUGUUGAAAGGAGGAAGCACACUCGGUUAAAAGAAAUAGAAAUAGACACUUGAGAAUGUCGAAGCUUGUUUUCAAAGAGAUCCUGAGACACUUCUGACUCACUCCUUUGUUAGCGAUUCUCUAUUCCUUCAUUUGUGGAAAAUGUUUCAAGAUAGUUUCAACACCAUAAAGGACAGAGGAUGGUUUUGCAAAGAUAAGCGCUGAGAAAAAUUACCCAUAAUGGAACCUUCAGAAAUUAACCAAGAUGAUGAAAGAAGUUAAGGAAAUACAGUUGUUAAGAAUCCAGUUGCGGCUGGCGCAGUACCUGCAGAAAUUAACCAAGAUGAUGAAAGAAGUUAAGGAAAUAAAGUUGUGAAGAAUCCAGUUGUGGCUGGCGCGGUGGCUCACGCCUAUAAUCGUGGCACUCUAGAAGGCUGAAGGAGGUGGAUUGCCUGAGGUCAUGGGUUGAAGAGAGCAAGAGCGAGAUGAUCCCUGUCUCUAAAAAAUAGCUGGGUGUU